CGUUCCUAGCCAAAUUCUCCACGGUGUAAAAUUGGAUCCCCCCUUUUUUUUCACAAAACAAAACAGAAAACAAAUCCCUGCAACCGCCUUUACAUUCGCGUUUUUAAAACACACCUCUAAAUCUCACCCAGAUACCUCAGAAGAUGGCGGUGGUGAGCGGGAUGUCGGGGUCGGCAGUAGCCCGGCUGGAGGGCCGAGAAUUCGAGUAUCUGAUGAAGAAAAGGUCGGUGACUAUCGGCCGGAACUCUUCGCAGGGUUCUGUGGACGUCAGCAUGGGACACUCCAGCUUCAUCUCCCGGCGACACCUCGAGAUAUUCACCGCGGGGGAAGACGGAACCGGCACCGGGGAAUUCUACCUCCGAUGUCUCGGAAAAAACGGGGUGUUUGUGGAUGGGGUGUUCCAGAGAAGAGGGGCUCCACCUCUCCAGCUCCCACGAAUGUGUUGUUUCCGAUUCCCCAGCACAAGUAUAAAGAUCACGUUCACAGCGCUGUCCAGUGACAAGAAGGAGCCAAGGAACGUGCCGGAAUCACCGGUCAAGCCCGUCCAACCUCAGAUUUCCCCACUGACCAUUAACAUUCCUGACAACAUCGCCCACCUCAUGAGCCCACUGCCUUCACCCACAGGCACCAUCAGUGCUGCAAACUCCUGUCCAUCAAGUCCACGGGGGGCUGGACUCUCCAGCUACAGGACAGGCCGCGUUUUGGCCUCUGACCUUAUAGGAGACAACUCCCAGUCGGAAAAUGACAAGGAGGCGUCCGGUGAAGACAGCCCAAAGGACGACUCCAAACCGCCAUAUUCAUACGCACAACUAAUAGUCCAAGCGAUCACCAUGGCCCCGGAUAAACAGCUGACACUGAACGGAAUAUACACCCACAUCACCAAGAACUACCCCUACUACAGGACAGCUGAUAAAGGCUGGCAGAACUCAAUCCGCCACAACCUGUCCCUGAACCGAUACUUCAUCAAAGUGGCCCGCUCUCAGGAGGAGCCGGGCAAAGGCUCGUUCUGGAGGAUCGACCCAGCCUCUGAGGGCAAGCUGAUCGAACAAGCCUUCAGGAAGCGCAGGCCCAGGGGAGUGCCCUGCUUCAGGACCCCCGUGGGACCGCUUUCCUCCAGGAGCGCUCCAGCUUCUCCUAACCACACAGGGGCACUGUCAGCCCACUCCAGCGGUGUCCAGACCCCAGACAGCUUGUCCAGAGAGGGGUCCCCAGUCCCCAUGGAGCCAGAACCAACCCCGCCGCCACCCCCCGUCCCCGUCACAUCAGUCCAGCCCAAACUCGCUGUCAUCCAAGAGGCUCGCUUUGCACAGAACACCACUGGCUCCCUCAACAACCAGCCAGUGUUGAUCACCGUGCAGCGGCAGAUGCCUCAGACCAUGAAACCUGUGACCUACGCCAUGGCGACGCCAGCCAUCGUAACGACGACAGGCAGCACCGCCCCCGUCAUGCAGACGGUGCACGUCGUCCACCAGAUCCCAACUGUUACCAUGGCAACUGUUGGCGGACAGACCACCGCUACAGUGAGCCCAGAACCUCAGGAGAACGGAGGAGGGGACCACAAAGAGAUCAAAGUAAAAGUGGAGGCGGUCCCUACCAUCACAGCCUCGUCUAUAGGCGGAGUCAGUCGCAUCAUCCAGAGCUCUCAGGCUGCUCCCCUGACAACAGUCACCAUCGUGCAACAAGCCCCGCUCGGCCAGCACCAGCUUCCAAUAAAGGCCAUCACACAGAACGGGACUCACCUGGUCCCCAUCAGUACUGCUGCUAGCACAGCUGUUGCGAACCCUCUCCACCUCCUGGCGACCCACGCUUCGGCCUCGGCGUCCCUCCCCACCAAGAGGCAGAACGGAGAACUGCAAGACCAACCCGAGUUGAAGAGGGUGAAAACGGCAGAGGAGGCGGAGGGUGACGCAGCAGCCGCAAACAACAACAACAACAACAACAACAACAAUGGCACCACGGACAGAGCCGGAGAAGGAGGGGUCAGUGAACAGGUGGGCGACAAGUAGCCCUCACCUGGGUGCACACCUGACCCCUCACCCCGCUCUCCUGUACGCAUUGAGCCUCACACCUUCCACACUCUCACCCCUUCCUCCAUCCUAACUGGUUUUCAUCUACUCCAAGGUGCCAAAAAGAGAAGAGAUGUAGAAACACCUAAGGACUACAGAAUGUUCAAAACCUCCUCCUCCUCUUCCGUUUCCUCUUUGUGUGUUAAAGACCAUGAAAUACGAUGCAAAAACUAAAGACCAAAUUGAAGAAGAAAAAAAAACAAAUCAAAGAAUAGAUGCUGAUGACUGUGAAACCCCCCCCCCCCCCCCCACCGCUCCUGAUUCUCGAGACCCAGACGGCACGAAGAAGCACAGGAAGUCUUCGCUCUGAAAGAAAUAUUUCAAAACUACAGAUUUCUACAUCAGAAGCGAGGGAGCACCGAAACGCUCCCCCCCCCUUUACCCUCCCCCCUUCCCCCC